CAUCAUCUCUUUCUCAAAUAUCAAAAACUACUGGUACGACACCGGUCCCGGCUUCCUAUUCCAGAACUUCGUCAGGGUCAAAGCCGGAGCAUCGCCAUCCUCAGCCAUCCAAGCGCCAAGCCUCUACGACAGCCGUCCGUUCACAAUCCUCGUGAAAAGGGAAGGUCACUCCAACAUCUGGCACUCUCUCAUGGAAAUAUGGUCAAUGGUUAUGUCCCUCGACGUCUUGCGGCUCAGUCACGACGGCGACAAUCUCGACAAGCCUUUCUUCACUAUCCCCGGGGACGUCCCACGAACCCAGGUAGUCUUCUUGGACAACCAAGAAGAAGGGCCUCUAUACUCACUGUGGGGAAUGUUCGCAGGUCGUGAGUCACUUCGCCUCACCAAGAUCUUGGAAGACCCAGCGCAAUCUCAGGCCUUCUCCGAGACGCCUCAGAACGUCAUCAUUCCACUCGCCGGAGGGAGCAAUCCGCUAUGGCAGAACGACUGGGAGGAUAGAGACUGCAAGGACGCUCCGCUGCUGAGAGUCUUCAUACGACGAGUGAUGCAGCAGUUCGGCGUCGAAUACGGGACGGGACGGCGACAAGGCAAGCCACUCAAUGUCACUCUCAUCGAUCGAAGAGGCUCUCGCAAGCUCUUGGACCAGGACGUCCUACUAGACGCAGCUCGGAACGCGUUCCCCGACGCCAGUUUUCAGGUAAUCGACUUGGGAGCGAUGACCUUCCCCGAACAACUUCGAAUAAUACAGUCCACCGAUGUCCUGGUCGGCGUCCACGGCGCAGGACUGACGCACACCAUGUUUCUCCGCGAGAACGGCGCCGCGGUCGUUGAGAUACAACCGUCGAGCAUGUUCCACAAGGGAUUCAGGAAUGUGGCACAGAUGUUGGGUCACAAUUACUUUAGCACCCACGCCGAAAUGGUAGGGCACGAGGAGGAUGAUAAGGGCAGGAAGAGAGAUCUUGUCCGACGAGACCGGUGGCACUGGGCUGAUAUUCGGAUCGAGGAGGGCGCCUUCCUCGAGUUGGUUGGCAAAGCGGUUGAGUCAAUGAGAGAAUAGUGUAUUAUAAUACCCUUAGAGAAUUUUUAACGUUUUACUAGA